AUGAGUAAUAGCAAGGGCGGUUUUGCUCCUGAGGCAUACAUUGACGAAUCUACGUCGUUUGAUUCAUUCCAUUUAGAUCCAAGAUUACUACAAGCUGUUAAGAACUCUGGCUUCAAAAAUCCAACUUUGAUCCAGUCACAUGCAAUUCCACUUGCUCUUGAGAAGAAGAGAGAUAUUAUUGCUAAAGCAUCUACCGGUUCUGGUAAAACUUUGGCAUAUUUAAUCCCUGUUAUACAGACUAUUUUAGAUUAUAAGACUUCAAAAGGUUCCGACUCGAAGGAGAAUGAAACACUAGGUAUUAUCAUGGUUCCUACUCGUGAUUUGGCUCAACAAGUCUCUUCAGUAUUAGAGAAAAUGGUCCUAUAUUGUUCGAGAGAUAUUAACUAUUUGAAUAUCUCCUCAGAUAUGUCAAAUUCUGUAUUAAGUACAUUGCUUGUUCAACAUCCGGAAAUUAUUGUUGCAACUCCAGGUAGGUUAAAGGAUCUUUUGGAAACUAAGAUUGAAGCUGUUUCAUUAGAAAAUUUGAAAUUUUUAGUAAUUGAUGAAGUGGAUUUGGUCCUUACUUUUGGUUAUCAAGAUGACUUGAAAAAAAUUGCAGAAUACUUACCUUUGAAGAAAAAUCUACAAACCUUUUUGAUGAGUGCAACAUUAAAUGAUGAUAUUCAAGAAUUGAAGGAAAAAUAUUGUCGUGCACCUGCUAUUUUGAAGUUCCAUGAUGAUGAAAUUAACAAAGAGCAAACUAAAUUAGUACAAUAUUAUGUCAAGACCAAUGAAUUCGAUAAGUUCCUUUUAUGUUACGUUAUCUUUAAAUUGGGUUUAAUAAAAGGUAAAUCCAUUAUCUUUGUAAACAACAUUGAUAGAGGAUACCGUUUGAAACUUGUAUUAGAACAAUUUGGUAUAAAAUCUUGUAUUUUAAACAGUGAGUUACCUUCGAACUCCAGACAACAUAUUGUAGAACAAUUUAACAAAAAUAUUUACAAUCUAUUGAUUGCUACAGAUGAUACAGAAUAUAUCAAAGAAGAAGACCAGGAACUUGUUGAAACUACUAAGCCAAAGGAAGAAGAAGCAGAAGAAACGAAGACAGACGCAAACGAAUCCAAAACAAAGAAGAAUGCUGCUAAGAACGAUAAGGAAUAUGGUGUUUCUCGUGGUGUUGAUUUCAAGAAUGUUGCAUGUGUACUAAACUUUGAUUUACCUACUACCGCAAAAUCAUAUGUUCAUAGAAUUGGUAGAACUGCUCGUGCUGGUAGAUCAGGUACUGCUAUUUCGUUUGUUGUACCAUUGAAGGAUUUUGGUAAGCACAAACCAUCAAUGUGUCCAACAGCCAAGAGAGAUGAAAAAAUAUUUACACGUAUUGUAAGACAACAACAAAAGUUAGAUUUGGAGAUUUUACCAUAUGCUUUUGAUCCAAAACAAAUAGAAGGUUUCCGUUACAGAAUGGAAGAUGGUUUCCGUGCUGUAACACAAGUUGCUGUUCGUGAAGCUAGAAUUAAAGAGUUGAAACAAGAAUUAUUAACAAGUGAAAAAUUGAAGAGACAUUUUGAAGAAAAUCCAAAAGAAUUGGAGAGUUUGAGACAUGACAAAGAGUUACAUCCUGCAAGAAUUCAACAACAUUUGAAGAGAGUUCCAGACUAUUUAUUACCAGAAGGUGCACGUAAAAAUGGGAAGAAAAAUAUUGGUUUUGUUCCAUUCCGUAAUCCAAAGAAAGGAGGACGUAAUAAUAAGAAAGGAAAGGUCGGUAAGCGUAGAACAGGGAAGUCUGACCCAUUAAAGAACUUUAAAUAA